CCGGAACUGCGGGGCGGUUCCGCGACCGCGCUCUUCAACAUCCGGGCAUCGCCUUUUCCCAUCGGCGGGGUUUCUUCUCAAUCCCCGUCCCACCCCCGUGCCGCCAACAGGAAGCGGAAAUGAAAAAUGCUUCUCUGGUUCGCCGCUUAGCAACUCGACAGGGUCAAGUGACCCAACCAGCUGACUGUGUUGGAGGGAGACUCUGUGUCUGGGGUGGUUAGAUCUGCGCUUGCCGGGCGGGAAUCCUAGCCGACCAGCCUUCCUCAGAAUGUCGGGCAAAGACCGAAUUGAAAUCUUUCCCUCGCGAAUGGCGCAGACCAUCAUGAAGGCUCGAUUAAAAGGAGCACAAACAGGUCGAAACCUCCUGAAGAAAAAAUCUGAUGCCUUAACUCUUCGAUUCCGACAGAUCCUAAAGAAGAUAAUAGAGACUAAAACGUUGAUGGGUGAAGUGAUGAGAGAAGCUGCCUUUUCACUUGCUGAGGCCAAGUUCACAGCAGGAGACUUCAGCACUACAGUUAUCCAAAAUGUAAAUAAAGCCCAGGUGAAGAUUCGAGCAAAGAAAGAUAAUGUAGCAGGUGUUACUUUACCAGUAUUUGAGCAUUACCAUGAGGGAACUGACAGUUAUGAACUGACUGGUCUAGCCAGAGGUGGAGAGCAGUUGGCUAAAUUAAAAAGGAACUAUGCCAAAGCAGUGGAACUACUGGUCGAACUAGCUUCACUGCAGACUUCCUUUGUUACUUUGGAUGAGGCUAUUAAGAUAACCAACAGGCGUGUAAAUGCCAUUGAACAUGUCAUCAUUCCACGAAUUGAACGUACCCUUGCCUAUAUCAUCACAGAACUGGAUGAGAGAGAACGGGAAGAGUUUUACAGGUUAAAGAAAAUACAAGAGAAGAAAAAGGUACUCAAGGAAAAAACUGAGAAAGAUUUGGAACAAAGAAGGGCAGCUGGAGAGGUGAUGGAGCCAGCAAAUCUUCUGGCAGAGGAGAAGGACGAAGAUCUUCUGUUUGAGUAAUUGUUCCCGCCCUGGCUCUUUUGGAAGUCCUAACAUGGCACCAUUUUAAUUCAUGGUGUGUAGGUCUGGUAUGUGUGGCUACUUAUUUUUUGGCCUAAGAAUUUCACUGGUUUUAAGAUUGUCCUUUACAGGAUUACCUUUGUGGAAUUGUAUUUCAGCAACAACUAUAUCACAUGAGAUUUGUAGGAACUUUAGAAGUAUCUGCACUUAAGCUCUGCAAUAAUGCCCCCCCUACUCUCAUUUACAUUUGUGUUAAAAAUGAUCUGCUUUCCAGGUAUACUAGGAAAUGCCCCUUAAGAAACAGCAGUGUUCUCGGGCCAACACAUAGGCUACAUACUGCUGGAACACUGUGUGUUCUCAUGAGCAGAAAUUGGUGUGGCUGUCUUGAGAUUUUUGCGGCCUUCUUUGUGUUACUGUGGUUCAUCUCUCCUCAAGCUUUAUGAAAACCUUUGCUUUUCCUUGCAUGACAGGUCCCCUGUCUAUCAUGGGAGCAGUUCUGCCUAUUUCAUUGUGACUGUGGCAUAUAGUAAACUUAUUUAAAAAUGA